ACAAUUGCCUGAACUUUACUUCGAUUCAAACUUUUGCAACCUGGUGUAAGAAAUCAAGUAAGAAAUUAAUUUUAUAAUUGAGCCAAUGUGAAAGCAAUGAACAGUAUCAAUGCAGUAGUAAGUAAAGAAAAAAUUUAUCAAUUUUUGAAUGCAGUUAACAUUAAAAUCAAUUGUCCUUAAAAGUUUAAUUUAGAAUAACAAGCCUAAAUUAAUAUUAUGAUGAAUCCGCUUGAAAUUAACGAAUAUGAGCAGCGUGAGCUCAAAAAUUUCGUUCUUCUCGAGUCCAGCAAAGAUUGUCCACAACCAAGAACAUCGAAGCGUUUUCUUCAAAAAUCCCCAACAACUAAUUUGCGUAAUUCAGUGUCUGACAAAUCGACACCACGUAUCAGAAGCGCGUCAACAGGACGUGACAAAAGAUCAGAAUUUCAAGCUCGCUACUGGGCUUUCUUAUUUGGAAAUCUUCAGAGAGCGAUUGAUGAAAUUUACAAAACAGUUGAGCAUUAUGAACAUCUUGCAUCAUGUCAGGAAGCAAUUUUAGUAUUGGAAAAUUAUAUUCGUGAAUUCAAAGCUUUAGCAGGAUUCUUCCAAAUGUCUUGGGAUUACGAGAAAACACCUUUGCCUCAACGUCCACAUUCACUUGCGUGGGAAGUAAGAAAAACAAGCGCAAUGCCUCGCGUACGAAAUAAGAACAUAAUAAGCCCAUCAAUGUCUGGGAAGUCAUCACCGAGUAGCUUCUCAGGAACCCACAGUCCAUGUCCAACAAUUGAAGAAAAUAAGCAAGUAGUUAAAUCAACUAAAGUGAAGAGUCCAGAGAAUCGCAUCGUUAAAGAAGCAUCAAAGCCUGAAACGGUAACAUCAUCUGAAAAUCCUGCACAAGCUGAAAAAGAACGGAAAUUCGAACAACUUCUUAGAAAUUCUCAGCCAGCAGAAAACGAACAAGAAACUUUACAAAAACCAAAAUCACUCUCAAUGGAAAAUCUUAAUAAAAUUGAAAGUUCAUCUGAACAUCUUCAGUAUUUCUAUCAAAGCCUUAUUGAAGUCGCUAAUGGAUCAACACAAACCGAAGGAAUUCAUGAUGAUGAUCUAACUUUACUUGAAUAUCUUAAUAAAUAUAAAGAAACUAAGAAGAAUGAUGAAAUCGAAACGGAAGUUAAGAAUGCUUCGAAGGAAUCUGUAAAAGAAAAAGAGGGCACUUCACCGGAACCAACACAAUGUUCUACCGUCACUCUAACUCCAACUUUAUCAGAAGUUCUUAUCAAACCUUCAGCAACUCAGAAUACGCAACAAUCAACGACAUGUCAAGUGUCUCUACCUAUUCGACCACCAAUGAGAGCUGAUUACUCACUACGCAACCAAACAAUAACAUCAAAGAGCUCCAAAGCACUUCCAGAUACUCGCAAGACAACAACAGUGUCAACACAUCGUGUUAACCGUCAACAAACUCGAAUGCCUUCUGGAACAUCCACCAUUCCACCCUCACGUCCAUCAACAGUAUUAAAUCGCAAUCGUAAUUCACAUCAGAAAUGUCCUCAAAAUACCAAUUUUACAAUGAGAUCCAAGACAAUGAUUGAAAUUCCGAAAAGUCAAAAAGAAGUCGCAUUUCGACAUUCUGAUUUGAGGAAAAAAAGAGUGCCGGCUGAUGAUGACACAGGAAGUUCAAGUUCAACUCUCAAAGCCUCAACAGAUAAACUUUCAACUAAACCAAAUGAUUUAAAGAAAUCUGAUAACAAAUCAGGAGUUCAAGGAAGUUCAGAUGGUUGGACGACCGUAAAGUCUAAACGACGAUCAAGUUGGUCAUCGCAGCGUUUUGAUCAGCCAAGUGCAUUUGCAAGUUUACCAACACUUGCUUUGUUGAAUGAAAAUGGUGAAGAAUCAGAUAAAGAAACAUCAACAACUACAUUAACAGUUAAAGGGCAAGUAAGUAGUUCUGGAAAAUCUACAAAAAGUCAAGACAACAAAACCAGCACAGCAAAAUCACAAGUGGAACAACAAAAAAAGAAUUCUUUGAAUGUAAAAUCAGGAUCAAAGUAUUUGAGGAGCGAAAAGUUUGCUCCAAUGAAAAAGAAAACUGAUGUUGAAGAAGAGAAGAAAGUUGACAUGAACGUUCAAACGUCAACUUUACUCAUCUCACGAACAAUCGACAAUCUUUACUCUGAAUUAGGCGGUGGAAAUACCUCAAAAUUUACCACCAGUAAUUUAUCAAGUUGCGAUGAGUUUGAUGACGAUGUUGAAUCGGAUGAUGACCAUCAAAAGAAGUUAGUGGAAGAGCAGGAAAGUCUUGAAAGACAAAUUCGUGAAUUAGAAAAUGCUGAAAUUGAAGUUGACACUGAAACAGAUGAGACAGAUUGUGAAGCAAUUUUAUGUGAACUGGAGGAUAAUGAAAGUUCAGAAAAUAAUGAUUUAGAAGGAUGGAAGAGUCAAGCAUCGUUUGUUGAUGAAGAAGAAAUCAGUUUGGAGAUGAGAUACGCUCCUAUGUUGGCUGAACUUACACAGUUAGAGCGAGCAGAGACUUUAGCAACAUUACAAGAACUUGUAGCUCGUGAUCCAGGAAGAGCACAAAAAUUGCAUCAAAAACUUUCUUCGCCUUCUCGUCGACGAUCGUUCCAUGAGACUUUAAGAAAGUAUCAAGCCAAACAAACGCGAGCUCAAGAAAAAAGAUCCGAAUUGCAACAUCAAAAAGCUCAAAAGAUUCAACAUUUAAUUCAACGCGUUGAGCAAGUUAAAGCAGCAAAGUUUCAAUUAACUGAAAAUCGUCGUCUUAAGAUUGAGGAGAAACUUCAACGUGCUACAGAGAAUCGUGAAAUGUAUUUGAAGAAUAAAAUAAAGAAAGCACACGACGAAGAGGAAAAAUUGAAAGAAAUCGCGUUUAUUAAGAAUAUUGAAAUGCAAAACAAACGAUUGGAUUUGAUUGAAUCGUGUAAGGAACAGGAAGGUCGUUUACAAGAUUUGGAGCAAGAAAGACAAAAACGUCAAACUGAAAAGCUUGCAAAAGAACAAGAAGUGUCUAGACGAAGACAAGAAAUCGAAAUGGAAAGAAGGAAGAAGUUGGAAAAAAUGGAUGAAACAAGACGUGAAAGAGAACAACGUGUUGGGAAAAUUCAGGAAGAAAAAGAAAAAGCUCGUCAGGAACUUGCAAAAGAAAAGCAAAGAGAUCGUGAUAAACGUCUUCAAGCUAUUCAGCAACAACAAUUACAAGAUACGGAAGAGCUUCAAAGAAAAAUCGCACAAAAGCAACAAGAAUAUCAAAAGCGACACGAAGAAAAUAUCGAACACAUAAGGCAACGAGCAUUUGAACUUGCACAGCAAAGAAAUCCAGAUGAUGUCAAAAGUCAAAAUGAAGAUGAUGAAGAUAGUCUUGAAAUUGCCAAACGAACAAGAGAAUCGAUAAAAAUGAGUAAGAAGAAGAUGAGAAGAAUCAAGGAAAAAAGUAAAGUUUUGAGUCAAGAAUAUUUGGAAAAGCUUCCAGAACUUUCAUCUAACAUACGUAAGCAAUCAACAGUGCCAAAAUUGUUAAAUGCUAUAAAAAAAGGGAAUGCAAGCAGUGGAGUUCAAAUGGGAGCUGAAAGACCGAUAGGACAAAUCAUAAGAAUAAUUGAGAAGUCAAAUGUCGUUGAUUUUCAUGCUUUAUGGCUUUUGGAUGGAUUAGGAACCCUUGCUAAUGUUAUUGAGUCUGGUCUUCAACCUAAUUCUGAUGUCACACGGGUAGCUGUCACAAAAGCAGUUCAACUUUAUAGAAAUGCAUGUUCCAGUUGCAAGCAAAUUGCACAACAUUCGAUUCUCGGUGGAAGUUUCAUUGUGCUACUCGAUGCGCUACUCACCACAAUUGAGAAUCCGGCAAGUGAAGUUAGAAAUCCUUCGUGCCCUGUAGAGACAUCGACAGAAAUAUUUUUGGCACUUACAGUCGUUUUAUCAAACUUAAAGCCAUCGGAAAAUCCAGCAAUUGGACCACGCCUUCCUGAUGUUGUGAGUUAUUUAACAUCGUCUGGAAUCAUCGAACAAAUCACCAGAAAGUGCCUCAUGGUUCGUGAACCGAUAGAAAAUCAGCAAAGUCUUUUACUUCCGCUUCUUGCAAUGAUUGGAUUUCUCACAAAAAUCAUUGAAAUAUCAACACGUGAUAAUCUUAUGCCAAUUGUUAAGUCGACUGAAAUUUUCGGCACCAUCACUUUGCUUUAUAAAACUAUGAGUUUGGGUGAGACAAUUCCUCCGAGAACUGUGUCAUUAGCCGGCUCUACAUACAAUCUUAUCAAAGCAGUUGCUUUGUUGGAUACAAAUGGCUUUCAGGAAAUCCUCAAUCAAGAACGUUUAACCUUCAAGUUUCUUGAUGUGGUGACGAUUUUGUUGAAUUAUUGCGGACCGAAGCUUGCUGAAAGUGAUAACAUAGAAAUGAAAGCUGUGAUAAGAGAUUUGAUUGUGAUCAUUGGAUACUUCUGCGCAAACAAUCGAAGAAAUCAGAACCUUCUGACAUCGGAACAAUCUUAUAUUAUUCUAAAGUCAAUCACGAAGCUGCCAAUUGAUCUCGCUCCAUUCUAUUAUCCAACAUUGUUGACUAUCAUUUGGGAGAAUCCAGAAGCAGAAGCAGUGCUUGGAAAAGAUUUUGACAUUCAGAUGCUAAAGGAGUAUGAAGGUUCAGCUUUGGCCAAGAAAAACCAGCUUCUCAAUAUGCUUGAAAUUUAAAUUUUCAUUUCCAUAAAACCAUCAAACAUUACAUUGUCAACUUGCAACAUGGCAGGAUAAUUAAUUUCAUUAAAAUCAUCAUUAAUAUCUGUUGAAGAACAUAAUUUUAAAGAGAAUCUGUUAAUCAAGUUAAUAAUAAUAAUAAUAAUAAUAAUUUUCCUGAAUGAAACUCAUCAUUAUGAUAACACCAAAUGAAGUGACUUAAAGUCAAGGUCCAAGUCAUUAUCUUAAGUUUUUUUCUGUAAAUCUUAAAUAUCUAAAAAAUUUGUCAAUUUCUAUUUAUGCUGAAAAAUCUGAAUAAAACUUAUAAAAUUAUUAACUCAAGUG